AUGGCACAAGUUGAAGAUGACAUUGAAGAGCCAGAAGUUAAUGAGGAUGACAAUGUAGAUGAAGCUCCAAAGCUACCAACAAUAUCUGCUUCUGCUUCUACGAAAUUAAAUAAAAAUCAAAAUCAAGCCGCGCUAUCAACAAGUGGUUUAAGCGACAUACAGAACGUUAGAGCAGAGUUAACUUCACAAGUACAGAUAAUGCAGCAGCAACAAGAAGUUAAAAUGCAUACACUUGAAUCUCAGAUCAAUGAAAUGGAGAAAAAGCUACAGCCUGAUAUCCAAAAGCUUGAGCACUCUCAAGAAGAAGCAAAAACACAGUUAAAUAGAGUUAAAGAUCGUAUCGCUCAAAUGGAAUCUGAAGAUAUCACUCCAUUACAGAGGCAAUAUGAUACAUUAGCUGCUAACUUUGAGAAAUUUGUUCGUUUUGAUGUCGAUAGUAAAAUCAAACCAAUGCAAGACGAUGUAAAAGCGAGUAAACAAAAAUUAACAGAUUUAUCAGCCGCAACAGACACGAACCUAGCCAGAUUAGAAGAAUCAUUAAAAGCCAUAUCCGAAAAGAUCGAAACUACAUCAGAUAAUUUGAAAACUCAACAAUCAAAAAUAAAUUCUCAGUUUGAUGAAAUUGUUCCUAAAAUCGGCCAGCUAGAGCAUAAGGUCCAGCUUCUGAGUAACUUGAUUGAAGAUUCUCCUCAAUUAAGUGCAGGAACUUCGGGAUUAAAAUCUCAACUUUCGAAAACACAACAAAUCAUCACAAAUCUCACAGAAGAAGUCAUUCCAACACGAAUAAACGAGACAAGGGACCAGUUCGAAGACGCCAUUAAUCAAUUAAACGAAUACUGCCAGAAAAGAAUGAAAGAUAUCACAUUAAAACAGGAAAACUUGAAGAAAGAGAACGAAGCAGUUACAGAAAAUCGCCGCAAAGCACAAGAAACCAUGACACAUCUCAUACAAAGCUCAGAAGACACAAAAGACAGAUUAAAAAAUCUUCAAGAUGUAAUUAAAGCCAGGAUCUCCAAACUAAACUCCGGAAUGGAAGCCUCCCUCAAUGCUACCAGCGAAAGUGCCAAAGACUUAAAUUCCGAGGCACAAAAUGGCUCUACAUCAAUUUCCGCCGAUGUCGAUGAAGAAGUGUCAAACCGCAAAAAACAAGUCACUGCUGCCAUUCGCAGAUUACAAGACACGAUGAAGAGAGACUUCAGCCAUGCCGAGCACGCACAGACACAAGCACUUUCCAGGCUGAACGAGAUCAAAGAUUCGAUUGAAGGAGAACAUAAUUGUGUUGGAAGAUUGAAAGAUAUAAGGAUGAAACUGAAAUCAGCGAUUGAAACAAUACAUACUUAUAAUUCCGCGAGAAUUGAAGAUGACAGGAACGGUGUUUCUCCUUUCCAAAUUGGCGCAAGGCUCCAGAAUAUCGAGAAAAGACUUUUGGAAACAGAAGAAAGAUUGUCAAAACUCGAUAACAAGAAAUCAAAUGGAAAAGGUCCUUACGUCAUCAAAGUCGCUGUGGAAAGAAUUGAUCCUGUUCCGGAAGUUCCCAAACCUGCUUCUCUCCCUGAUGAUGGAAAGAAAUCAAGAAAUAAAAGUCAGGAAGAGGAAGAAGAAAGGAAUGAAGAAACAGUUGAAGAAGAUAAACCAAAGACAAAUGAAUCCCCUUUCAAGAAGAUUAAAGAUGAAGCACAAAAGGCUGAGAAAGAACAUGAUAACACUCAAAGAAGCAAAAAUGAUUCUCCUUUCAAGAAAGUAAAGGAUGAAGCAAAGAAGACAAGCCAAGAAAAAUAG